UGUGUCUUGAAAGUCUUCACAACUCCUCCUGUUGGAAGAUGGACGAGGAACGACGAGCCUUUGCGGCUCAGUUCAAGGAGAUUGUGUCGUGUGCCGAUCGGCAAGACACAGCCGCAUUGGAAGUGGUGGAGCAGCUGCAACGCUUGCAUGGCAUGGUGGAGCGCGCGCAAGCGCUGGAAACACUCACAACCAGCGACACAGGCAACAGCAAAGGAGACGAGGAGGAAGAGCAAGAGGAGCAAGCUGCGGUGCCCGAGGAUGCCUUGACCUGUCUUCGCAAGUUUCCCAACCUCGAACAGCGUCUCAGGCUGUGUCACGCGCGCAGCGCAGAAGCCCAGCACGCUCGCAUUACAACAGCUUGGGAUAAAGUCGUGGAAGCGCUCAAUGACAUGGUCAGGGUGGAAGCGGAUAUACAAGCGUCAUUCACUCAGCUAUGCAAAGAGCACAGCGUAUCGGAGAUGGAGGAACGUGGUACCGCUCACGCCUCUGUGGCCGAGUUUGUUAUGGGUGCCCAGGACGUCACAGCUUACACACGCACAGUCGUGCACACCAACCAACAACUGCUUGACAACAUUCGCGCAUCCCAGCGCUCCGUCGCCAGCAUUGAAAAGGCGACAGAUGAGUGGGCAACACUGCCUCCACAAUGUGUCACGACAAUGCGUGCGCUGAGCUUCGACCCGAGCACGGUCAUCUUCAGAAUCUCAGAACUGGACGACAUCCUUUAG